GCUCCCGAAUAUGCAAUGACAUGGUAGUGUCAUUUUAGCUGCUACUAUUUGAAUUUGGUUUUGAAUUCGGGUCGGGUUUGGAUGAUGGAUCCACCUGCAAUGAUGAAUGACGGCUCGUAUAAUUUAGGGGAGAUCUGGCCGUUUCCCAUCGGUGACGGUAUGAGGAGAGCUCAGUUCGGGCUAGAGCAAUUUGGGGGUUCGGGUAUUAGUGAUCCGCUGAUGUCGGAGCCGAGAGGGGCCAACAGUGGAGAUGGCGGCGGGAUUACAAGGAAGCGGCGUGAUGUAGACGAUGAGUCGGCGAAGAGCGUCUCUACAAGCAAUGGCAAUAGCAAUAGCGUGAAUGAGUUUGAAUGCAAUCAGAAACGGCGUAAAUCAUCAGGAUGUAGAGAUGCGAAUGGUGAAUCAAGAGCCGAAGCAGAAACCAGUACAGGCAAGGCUGCGGGAAAACAAAAUACUCAACCACCGGAACCGUCCAAACAAGAUUACAUCCACGUACGAGCUAGAAGAGGUGAAGCCACUGAUUGCCACAGCCUAGCAGAAAGAGCUAGGAGAGAAAAGAUUAGUAAGAGGAUGAAAAUUCUUCAGGAUCUGGUCCCUGGUUGCAACAAGGUUAUUGGCAAGGCCUUGGUCCUCGAUGAAAUUAUUAAUUACGUACAGUCGUUACAACGUCAGGUCGAGUUCCUCUCAAUGAAGCUUGAAGCAGUGAAUUCAAGGAUGACUCAUGUAAUUGAUGCAUUUCAUCCUAAAGAUAUCAAUUGGGCAUUACCGUUUGCUCAGCAAACAUUUGAUACUGGUGGUAUGGCAUUUGGUUCACAAGCUACAAGGGAAUUCAGCAGUCGUGGUACUUCUCCAGAAUGGCUGCAUAUGCAGGUUGGUGGUGGUUCUGAGAGAACAACGUAAUCCGGCCAAUGCUUGUCAAUUAUUAAUAAGGCCAUCAAGUGACGAUGCUUCUUUCCUCGGUGACUGAAAAAUCAUACCCUAUAUGUUAAAAUCAAAUGGAAACCAUAUUUCUACUUGCAACAUCUGACAUGGAGCUGUGAUUGCAGUCUCAAAGACGACCUAAGUUGAUCUCCUUUCGUCUGUGUGUUGAAAAAAUCAUUGUUGUACCUAAUGUUUCUUGUGGCAGGCUUCAUGACCUUGGCUGUGGUAAUACCUGAACAGAACCUCAGAACGAGUAUUCUUCUUGUAAACGAAUGUUACUGCUUCUAAACUUGCAAUUCUUACAGCAUAUGCAGACUUUGCUCUAAGUUUGAUACUUGUUAAUGUGAAUUGGCCGAAGCUUUGUUCCAUGCA